CUCUGUUUCUCCACCCCCAAAUUCCUAAUUGUCUGAGAAGAGGCGUCAGUCCCAAGGAAACGGAGAAAAGUCCAUCUUGAGUUUGGACCACAUCUGAAAAAGUAGCCAGCGGCCAGCUCAUGACGAAUGUGAUUUGUCGACACCCAAAAACUGGGAACACGUUAAAGAAGUGGCUUCGCCGCCGGUAGCCUUGACUGACUACAUCGUUUAUCGUAUGAACUUUCAACUGACAGGAAAAGCAUUCGUCCUGUAAGUUAUUGCAGUUCGCCUUUUGUUUUGUAAUCGUCUCUCAGUUUGUGCUCUGAGACGACUCGAGGGAUGGAAAUACUGGACAGCGGAGAACCGUUUAUACAGUGGGACCGAAAUCUCAGCGAGCUGUCGGAGCCCUGCGACAACGAUAAUGUUCUGUACAGCACGCACUUCACUGAGCUCCUUGAUGACCUGUCUCAGGAGGCCUUACUGGUCCAGCUGCUGAGUGACCCUUUCCUUUCAGGGAGGGGUGAAGCGAUGGACACUGAGGAGGAGCUGAUCCCCCAAUCUCCAGUGCAGCCGCAUAUCCAGGCUGAACACAGCUAUUCACUGAGCGGUGACUCUCGCCCACAGUCUCCACUGUCCCACCUGCCUGGAGACACAGGCAGCAAGUCUGGAGACUCAGACAGUGAGGAGUGGCCAGCUGAGCAGGAGAAGAAGCGGCUAAAGAUGGAGCCUCUGCUUUGCGAGUCUCCAAAUCUACUUCCCACUCUGACCCUCAAUUUGUCCCCUGAGGGCUCGUCCAUCGAGCCAGAGACCAUACCCCCUAGACCGGCUUUAACACUCACCCUCCCUCAGACCACACAGGCCAGUGUAGGCAAGAUAAAGGAGGAUAGUGAGAGCUUUAGCCCGCAGAUUAAGCUGGAGCCACAUGAGGUGGAUCAGUUCCUCAAUCUCUCUUCUAAAGAACUGGAAGCCCUCCAGAUGCCCCCAACUCCCCCCAGUUCUCAUGGCAGUGACACAGAAGGCAGUCAGAGCCCUGUACACCCCUGCGCCCCUGCCAGCCCCACACAGACCCCUGCUGUCCUUAAGGUGGCACCACGUGCCCCCAACUCGCUCUCAAACUCACCCCUGCUCACUGCCCCACAUAAACUGCAGGGCUCUGGGCCUCUCCUGCUGACAGAGGAAGAGAGACGAACUCUGAUUGCGGAGGGAUACCCUGUCCCCACUAAACUGCCUCUGUCCAAGUCUGAGGAGAAGGCCCUCAAAAAGAUCCGCAGAAAGAUCAAGAACAAAAUUUCUGCUCAGGAAAGCCGCAGAAAGAAGAAAGAGUACAUGGAUGCCCUUGAGAAAAAGGUGGAGACAUGCUCUAAUGAGAACAGUGAGUUGCGCAGGAAAGUAGAGACUCUAGAAAGUACCAACAAGUCCCUGUUGCAGCAGCUACACUCUCUUCAGGCUGUGGUUGCAGGAAAGGUCCCUCGUUCUUGCAGAAUGGCCAGCACUCAGACCUCCACAUGCCUCAUGGUUGUGGUGCUGUGUUUUGCUGUGUUCCUGGGCAGCUUUUACCAGGGCCUGAGCCCCUGUUCAUCCAUCACAAAAACUGACCUGUCCAGAGACCUCACGAUACAAGAAUCCUACACUGCUACAGUGAAGUCCAGGAACUUGCUAGUUUAUGAGGAUCAAAGGGGGGGUGAUGAGUUGCACCCCUCCGGGCUUGGUGGGGAGUAUCCUGAAUGGGACACUCAAGUAAAUGUCAUGGCAGCGUGGCGCCUGGACCAGCAGCACAGGCCCAAACAGGCAGAGUUGCAGGCGGCAGAACUCCACCCGCCUUUUAUUCAGAACAAUGGAACAAACACACAAAAGCCCCUUCUCAUAGACCUGCACGCACACAGGUCAGUGGAGCAGCAGUCAAACGAGAGCCCAAAAGUCAUUGAGCUGGAGAGAACAGUGAAUGAACCAUCAUGAGGCUGACUGGUCCUCCUUAAGCCCAGCUCCAUUCAGACCCCAGCUUCUUCUGUAUUUAUAGACCUACUUUAACUAUUGUUCCAAAUACAUAUUUGUCUUUCUUUUUUUAGGAAAGAGACAUUUUUAUUCCUUUCUACCAAUGUACAUUGGAGUUUGAUACUAUAUUUUAUGCAUAUUCUUCUGUUUUAGUGUUUUUAUUCUCCUCGUUUAUAUACUGUACAUAGCCUCAGUGUUUCCCCUGUGUUUUUGGCUAUUUUUCCCAUGCUACUGAGAAAGGUGUUUCUUUAAUCUGUAUUAACUGCAGUGUACCACAGAACAGAAGGGUCUGUAUUCAUAUAGAGAAGUUCUCUCACUUUCUCAUACUGACCUCAGUCACUAUAUACUAAGAAACAACAAAAUCAAAACAUGAAAUACUCAUUAUUUACAUUUGGAAUAAUACAAACUCUAAACAGCUUUUACUGUGCCACCUUUGAAAGUUGGAUAAUAAUAUUAAUUAUCCAAAACACAGAUGUUCUUCAGCUUAACGAUAUUUUGCACUGAGACAGGUUGGGCUGCACGAUCAAUCGUAUUUUUAUCGUUAUCGUGAUACAGUUUGUCACAAUAAACAUGUUAAGAGCUGCAUGUCAGAACAGAUCAAAUUAGCUGAUACAUGCAGCACCAGAGAGACGUCAUUACAUUGCUGGUGCAAACUGUUAUAAGCCUAAUGAGUGUUACCAGAGACGUUAUAAAUGAAGAGACCAGUCACUGGUUGAAAUAUUAAUGGGAAAGCUUGUAACGUUCAACAUGGCGUCCGUUUAAAGAGAAAGUCUCAGCCUUCAAAAAAAAGAGCCAAUCAGCUUGCUGAUUGCUGAACCCGAGGGAGGCAGGAAGGUCUUUUAAAUUAGAGGUGCUAAAAUUUUAAGCAGUAUGUACAUGAACGCUGACAUCAUGUGAAAUGAUUUGCCUCGUUUUCAUUCGUUGCUAAUUUUCUUUAAACUGCACACACUUUCCCUCUUUGCACCUCAACCUGCUGGUAAUUUAGUGAUACGCCCCCAAAGCAGCCAGCAGUGGGGGAGGGAAGCGAUUCGGCACAUUGUAAUAAACAGAGAUGUGGGAAGUGGGGGUGCUGAGUUGGUGCAGCGCCCUCAGGAUAGCAACUGUUGAAAAUAAUAAAACGUCCUGAACUUUAUAGUAAUUUGAGCGUAGUGUAGUGCAAUGUGUGCUACCUUUAGAGUGGAGUUUGUAUUUUUAUACUUUCAAAAUCUCCAGCAGCCUGUCGCUAUAACACUUGCAGGUUGAGGUUAUACAGUGCUCUAUCACAUGGGGGACAAGUAAUUUAACUAUUCGUCUAAAUGGCCAAAACACACAAACGCACAACUAAAAAACUACUCCAUCCAACUACAAGCCUGUAAAAAUGUAUCAAACAUUGUUCUCACAUCCAGUAUGUUUUAAGUGUGUGAGGCUGUAAUGGCUACUGUCACAACAAACAUAUUCAAUAAUUAACAAAAAAUGAAUAAACAAAAAUAGAUAUAAAAAAAUAGAUGGUUGUUUUUUGUAGGCUUUACGGGAAAAAAGCUGUAGAGCUAAUGCUGACUCUUUCUCAGCCUUUCAGUGCACAAAAAAAUGUGCUUGCAGUUCUAAUGUAAGUUAGUAUCUUUCUAUUUUGCAUAAUAGUGAGUAGUGCUUUUGUAUUUUUUUUUUGAAUGAAUGAAUGAGAGGUUUGCUAGAUUUCUGUUUACACGUCUUGCGUCCAGUCAAAGGCACACUAUUUUAAUAAUUUAUCGUUUCUCAUAUCGUCAUCGUGACAUCCAACAGCUUCAUUGAACAGCACAUUUUAUGUCAAUAUGGUACAGUCAUAGCCUUUCAAACCCUUAUGGAGUGACUGUGCCCAUUCUUUUGCUUGGCAGUUUGGCUUGUCACACAGUCUAAUUUCUAAAAAUACUAUUACAUGAUAUUGGAUAAAGGUACUAUUACAAAAAAUUGUUUAAUACACUGUUGCCCAGUUCUGGUCCUGACAUAUUCCUGGCCUGCACAUUUUAGUGUUUGGUCCUUGGUGAAGGACUGUUUCAUUGGAAAUUGGAAACUAGCUGAGUUUCUCAUGGCUGAGAGUUUUGAGAAAGUUUGGGAGUCAUUGGACACUCUAAAAUGCUUUAUGAAUACAGACCCUGGCCUAGAAAUAGUAAUCUGCUACACUGAUAUGCUUUAGAAAUAAUCUGGUCCCAUUUAGAUCUCAAUGCUCCUAUAUGACAUUCUCAUGACAUAUAUGACAAUCAGUACAGAAACCUGAUGUUUAUUCAUGAUUGUCAGUAAUGGGCAAAUAGUCUUUCUAGACAUGAAAGUAGACUGAAAGAGUCUUCCUGCUUUGAAAUGACAUCAUUGCUGUAAUGAGAUUUUGAGGCACCUGUCUGUUGUGCAGCAUUGUUGGAGCCUGUACAUAGAUUGUCAAGAAUGCUGAGAAUACCUGUUGUUUUAUUCUGUUGCUGAGGCCAGAGGGAGAGUGACAGCCUAAUGUGUAUUAAAUAAAUAGAGGAUGUAUUUACAAGUGGAUUAAUACAAACAGAAGACAAAUAAGUUAGAGCCUGGAAUGGCCUACUGACAGAAGCCCCCUGGCUAGCACUGGUUUAAGCUGUUACGGGUUAAAGAGCGUUCUGCAAAAGAUGGUGGUAAAAGAACAGAACGAUCUAAUCAGCCUCAAAUGGAUCCAGCAACACAGUAAACCCUCACUCACUUACAAAGAAUCAAUGUUUUUGUACUUUUAGAGUGCUUUCAGUGUUUUCUUAACAUGGCAAUAGGACCAUUUUGGAUUUCAGAAUUGAUGUGGCCAUUUUUAUAUGAUGCCAUCCAUGAACAUAGUUAAUGUUCCUCUGCAUUUGUAAUGGUUUGAAUUAGGCAAGAUGGAUUUUAUUCAGUUUAUGAAGCUGCCUCUUCAUUUCUGUGCCAUUCUCGGAACCCUGUCUUAGUUUUGGCCUGUACUUCCUUAAAUUAAGUAAAUAUUUUCCUUAGUAAACAGCA